CCAAAAUCACUCCAAAACCCCUGCUUCUUCCCGCUCUCUUCUCUUCUCUCUCCAAACCAACCCCCCAACCCAGCCACCCAAAACACAACAAACACACAAGCACCCCAUGAACAGUGGAAACAACUGUAUUUACACGCACAACACACACUAAAACUACAUAUUUUACAGGGAAGAAAAAAAAAUUAGUGGGUUUGUGAGAUAUGCAACAGAGGGAUGCAGAAAAUCUUGAGGAGCCCUUGUUUAGGUAUUAUUGGAAGCCCCCCAAUUUCAUCCCUUCAUAAUUCUCCCUUUUAUAUAGGGUUUUACAAAAACCCUUUUCUCAAAAACAUCCCAGUUCGAAAAAUUACGCUAAUGCCCUCUACAGCCACCGGUUUCCACCUCCGCGGCGCCACCAGUACUAGGGCUCUCAGCCACCCAGCCGCCGCUGCUGGUAGAAGUAAAGCCCCUCUUCCGCCUUCCACGGCUAGAACCCUGAAUGUUCCCCUGUUGGGUAAUGGGUGUGGGCUUUGUAAAUGUUCGGUUGAGGGUGGUGGGGGAAGUGUUGGGCUGGUGAGGGCUUGGGUGGUGUUAAAGGAGAAUUCGAGAUGUGGGAACCGGAAGGCGUGGUUUGGGACGGUGGCUGUGGCGGAGAAGGAUGGGGGUGCUGUGGUGGAGAGUGGUGAAAAGGGUUUGGAGGCACCGGCGGAGGCUGCUGGUCAGGUGAGGGUUCAGAGGAAGCAGAGGACGGCUGCUGGUGGAGGAAGUGGUGGUGGUGGUGGGCUGCCGUCGCCAGGGAGUCCCGAUUUGUUGAGUAUUCCGGGGGUUGGACCGAGGAAUUUGAGGAAGCUGGUGGAGAAGGGUUUUGAUGGUGUUGCUAAGCUUAAGCAGCUGUAUAGAGAUAAGUUUUGUGGGAAAUCCAGUCAAACAAUGGUUGAGUACUUACAAAGUUCAGUGGGGAUCAUCCAUAGAAACCAUGCUGAAAGCAUAACCACAUACAUUAAGGAGAGUGUGGAUGAAGAGUUAAAGGAUGAUGACACUGAAGUUAAGCUAGCCCCAAAAAAGCGUUUAACAUUUUGUGUUGAAGGGAAUAUUAGUGUUGGGAAGACAACGUUCCUGCACAGAAUAGCUCAUGAAACGCUUGAGCUCAGGGACCUUGUGGAGAUUGUUCCUGAACCCAUUGAUAAGUGGCAGAAUGUUGGGCCAGAUCACUUCAAUAUAUUGGACGCAUUUUAUGCUGAGCCACACAGGUAUGCCUAUACUUUCCAGAACUACGUGUUUGUCACUAGAGUUAUGCAGGAGAGAGAAUCUUCUGGUGGUAUCAAGCCUCUCAGAUUGAUGGAAAGAAGUGUUUUCAGUGAUAGAAUGGUGUUUGUCAGAGCCGUUCAUGAAGCAAAAUGGAUGAAUGAGAUGGAAAUUAGCAUUUAUGACUCAUGGUUUGAUCCUGUUGUUUCUUGUUUGCCUGGGCUUAUCCCCGAUGGGUUCAUCUACCUUAGGGCAAGCCCUGAUACUUGCCACAAAAGAAUGUUGUUACGUAAAAGAGAAGAGGAAGGUGGGGUCUCUCUAGAUUACAUGCGUGACUUGCAUGAAAAGCACGAGAGUUGGCUUUUCCCAUUCCAAAGUGGAAAUCAUGGUGUGCUUUCUGUUAGUGAGAUUCCCCAGCGGUUUGACUCUUCUCUACCUCCAGAUAUUAGAGACCGUGUGUUUCAUUUGGAAGGUGAUCAUAUGCACUCAAGCAUUCAGAAGAUUCCAGCUCUGGUCCUUGAUUGUGAGCCAAACAUUGAUUUUAGCAAAGAUGUCGAAGCAAAGAGGCAUUACGCACGUCAAGUUGCAGAGUUCUUUGAAUUUGUGAAGAAAGGGAAAGAAGAUUCACCCGUCAGUGAAGAUGCAUCGAAGGGUAAUCAGCCACAGGUAUUGCUGCCUCAUCAAAGAGGAUUAUGGGUACCAGAUGGAAAGUAUUUCCCUGAGUCACCACUGAAGUCCUUGGAUUUCAGAAAAGCAAUGCCAUUAACGUCUCCAUAGUGAACUUGUUUGACCUUGGUGAUUUUAGUAGGGUUUCUGUCUUUCAACCGUCUCAAAGACUGUAUGUAGUUCCUGUGCUUGUAAAAAGAUGAAUUAACCCCUAAAACUUCAGCGGUUAGAGUUUGUAGAGCUAGUUGGGAGGCUAGUGGAUGCUUGUAGUAUGCUUUUAAUGUAGAUUCAUUUCUUGUGAAGGUGAAAAUGUUCUUGAAUUAUUGCUUUUUAUGUAUGAGAAUGAGAGACGGUCUCAAUGUCAUUUCCAGUCA